GGGGGGCGGAACAAGAUGGCGGCGGCGUUGCCGCGGCGACGCUCGGUCCCGCCCACCCCCCCGUCCGCCGCCAUGCCUGGUUGCCACGGGAACGGCGCAGGCCGGGGGGCGGGACGCGCGGCCGGCGCGGCCGGCGCUCAUUGGCUAUCGGAGCCGCCCGUCAGCGACGCCGCUUCCGCUGCCGCCGCCGCCGGGAAGCGGGAAGGGCCCGCGCCGCCGCCGCAGCCGCCGCCCCGCCCGGCCCCGCCCGGCGCCAUGGAGGUGACGGUGGGGACGGCGGCGCUGGCGCUGGCGCUGCUGCUGCUGCCGGUGCUGUACGAGCGCAGCGGCUCCUUCCGCUUCUUCUGCAAGAUGGGCUUCUACAACGGGUGGAUCCUGCUGCUGGCGCUGGUGGCCAUCCCGCUCUGCGCCCUGCGCGGCCGCGACGUUGAGAACAUGAAGAUCAUCCGGGGGCUGAUGCAGCACGUGAAGCACCUCUACGGGAUCCGGAUGGCGGUUCGGGGCGCCCAGCACUUCCCCCCCCGGCAGCCCUACGUCGUCGUCAGCAACCACCAGAGCUCCCUCGACCUGCUGGGGAUGAUGGAGGUGCUGCCGGACCGCUGCGUGCCCAUCGCCAAGCGGGAGCUGCUCUACAUGGGGGCCGUGGGGGUGGCUUGCUGGCUCGGCGGCAUCAUCUUCAUCGACCGCAAGCGGACGCACGACGCCAUCAGCGUCAUGGCUGAGGCUGCCCACACCAUGCUCAGCCAGGACGUCCGGGUGUGGGUCUUCCCCGAGGGGACACGCAACCACAGCGGCUCCAUGCUGCCCUUCAAGCGGGGCGCCUUCCACCUUGCCGUCCAGGCACAGGUCCCCGUCGUCCCCAUUGUCAUCUCCUCCUACCAGCACUUCUACAGCAAGCGGGAGCGGAGGUUCACAGCCGGGCAGUGCGUGAUCCAGGUGCUGCCCCCGCUACCCACCCGGGGGCUGGGCCCGGCCGACGUCCCGGCGCUCACCGAGCGGGUCCGCGCCGCCAUGCUGGAGGCCUUCGAGGCGCUCUCGGCUGAGCUGCGCCCCACGGCGCCGCCUCCCGCCCCCCAGUGACCCGCCCCACCGCCCCGCCCCACGGCCGCCCCGCUGCCCCACAGCGCUGCCCGGCCCCACGGUGGCGGGACGGGGGCUGACCCUCACGUGGAACGUGGACUGGCCCACAAGUGGGGCACGGGCUGACCCACGCGUAGAACACGGACUGACCCGCGGCGGGGCACGGACCCACAAGUGGGCCACGGGCUGACCCACGAGUAGGACACGGACCGACCCACGCCGGGGCACAGAGCAACCCUUGGCGGGACCUAUAGGAAAAACGUGGCCUGACCCACGGCGGGAGCAUGGAGUGACCCACAGCGGGACUUAGAGGAAGAAUGGGGCACGGACUGACCCCCAAGUGGGGCGUGGAGCGACCCACAGCGGGACCCAUGGAAAUGCAUGGACUGAGCCACGGUGGGAGCUGUAGGAGGAGCUCGGUCAGACCCACGGCAGGACGCGCAGCGGGGACCCAGUCUGACCCACGGCGGGACCCACAGAAAGCUCAUGCAGUGACCCACAGCGGGACCAUGGUAUGACCCACAGCGGGACCCCCACGGACCGACCCACUCCAGUCCCCCGUGUAUGGGGGGGCCCCACGGACCGACCCACUCCAGACCCCCAUGUGGGCGGGGGGGUACCCACAGACUGGCCCACUCCAGACCCCCACGCGGGGGUCACAGGGACUGACCCAUGGCUCCUGGGGGGGCACAGGGCUGACCCCCCCCGAUGGCCAGUGCCAUUCAGGGACUGGGGGGUCCCAGGCUGUGGGGCAGC